UUCUAGCACCCGCAUCAUUUGCACAAGAUCGUAUUUGGCUAGAGGAACCAAUUCGACUUGAUCCAAACAAGCCUCAAAUAGCAAUCGACAAUAUGCCUUUUUUCUACCAUCUCAAUACAGAACAUACGUUAUCAAUACAACAACUUCGACAGGCUCUUCACCUAAUUGUCAGAAUACAUCAAUCUUUGCGUACAUUAUUUGUGUUUGAUGCGGAAAAGAAUUCACUUAUGCAACGAAUUGUUGACUUCGAUAAUAGUAAAAAUAGAUUGUAUACAUUCAUCGAAAACACUUACGAAACACAAGAGCAGCUCAAUGAUAUUAUGCAUGAAGAAAAACAUAAUCCGCAACUUUUUAAUCUUGGUCAAGGUCUUGUCUUUCGAUGUCAUCUUGUUUAUUAUAAGCAAAUCCCUUCUAAUGAUCUUGUUUCUGAUAAGGAUGUAAUCAUCUUUAAUUUUCAUCAUUCUAUAUUUGAUUAUCCAUCAAUAGAUAUAUUUCUUCGUGAUCUCAAUCAAGCAUAUACAACAGGUCAAUUAGUAUAUGAUGACAACACUAAUCUACGUUAUAUCGACUAUGCUGUUAUUGAACAACAAAUGCCAAUGACUGGUGCGAAUGUGUUUUGGCUUGAUGCUCUUCAUGAUUGUAAACUUGAUCAACCUUUGUCAUUACCAUAUGAUCGAUAUCGGCUCUCACAUGAACAUCGAACUGGUCAUGCAACAUCUGUUUCUUUUGAUUUUGGUCAAGAUCUCUCACAUGACUUUCUUAUUCAUGCAUCAUCUAAUAAUACAUUACUUGAACAUCUCAUAUUUGCUAUUUAUUUCAUCUUUCUAUUUAAACUAACUAAUGAACAAACAGAUUUAUGUAUUGCUAUGAACAUCAAUAAUAAUCGAUAUAGAGAUGAAUUCAAAUCAAUCAUUGGAUUGUUUGAGAAUGUCAGUCCAUUACGAUGUCAGUUAGAUCCUCAUUGGUGUUUUCAUCACGUACUCGAAUAUAUUCAAGAGAUAACAACAAAGAGUAUGAAAUAUUCAUAUUUUCCAUUACAACGAAUUCUCAGUCAACAUCCACAUAUUCCUAACCAUGCAUUUUUGAAUACAUCUGUGGAAUUUAUAUCACACAAGACCAACGAUGACAACAAUGCAAUGAUGAUUGGUGGUUCUCAACUUGUUCCAGCAUCUUUCUCAUUCAAUAUUAAUGAAGAUGAGAUAUUAAGUGUAUGCGACUUCUCUCUUUCCAUUUAUCAUGAUAUGAAUAUAAACCAACUGUCAUGCACAAUCAAUGCAUCACUUGACUUAUUCAAUAGAGACACCGUGGAGACGAUUUCACAACGUUUUCAUUCCAUUUUACAUCAAUUAUCUGCAUCUGUUAUCGACAGUCAAAUAAAUAAGCCUAUCAAUGAAGUAUCAAUAACAUUAUCAAAUGAACAAUAUCUAUUGCAAUCAUUGAAUAAUACACAAAUAUCAUUUCCAUCUUCUUUCACUUGUAUUCAUCAUGAGUUUGUAUAUCAAGUAAUGAAACAUCCACAAAAACUAGCAGUUGAACUAGAUGAACAAUCAUUGACGUAUUGUGAACUUUUGUAUUAUGUUCAAGUAUUAUCGUUA